CUUAUAGGCCCCGAGCCACGCGUAGAAUAGGCAUAAUCUGCCUUGCAAGCUGCCUUGGUGAUUCUCCAUGUUUAAUACUCCCCUUUUCUAUCUACGAUUAAGAAUACUUUAUAUAGUGGGCAGUAACCCUCAAGAUUUAUAUUUCAGUUUAGGCCGGCAGAUAAUAAGUUAGUAGACCACGCUCGGCCAUGGAAAGCCAAAAAAGCGAUAAACCGCACAUAGGUAUCGUAGGUGCAGGUGUCUCCGGACUUCGAUGCGCAGAUAUCCUCUUAUCUCACGGCUUCAAGGUAACCAUUCUCGAGGCCAGGAAUAGGAUCGGCGGGAGAAUAUGCCAAUCAGACGGGUUGGGCUACACUGUUGACAUUGGCCCAAAUUGGAUUCACACCUGGGACAGCGGCGACGUACACCCAAUCCUAAAGCUUGCGGCCGAGACUCAGACGCCUCUUCACCGUUGGAACGGGAAGCAACUCAUAUAUGACUCGUCAGGCAACAAAGUGCCAGAAGAGAAGUCUGAGAGGCUUUCAACUCUCUUGUGGGAGAUAAUCGAAAAGGCUUUCAAGACUAGUGAGGCAGCUCGGGAGAAGGAUAAGGGUAAGAGCAUUCCACGAGAAGAGUCUCUGUAUGAUUUCGUCAGCAAGAGAGCAGCAGAGGAGCUGGAAGAUGAGGAAGACCGACAAGUCCUCACCCAAAUGAGUGAGAUGUGGGGUGCCUACGUUGGCGAGCCUGUCUGGAAGCAGAGUCUGAGAUUUGCUUGGAUGGAGGAGUGCUGUGGCGGUGAAGAAGUCUUCGUCGAGUCGAACUACUCGGCGAUUUUAAACAGAAUUGCGAAGGCAUCAACCGAACAGGCUGAGGUCAUACUCAAUGCCAAAGUUAUAUCAGUUAAUACUUCGCAUCACGAUAAGUCUCAGAAGGUUAUCCUGGGAAUAGAGCACGGGAAUGAGCACAAAUUUGAUCAGGUUGUGAUGACGACGCCGCUAGGAUGGCUCCAGAAGAACAUGAGCUGCUUCGAACCCGCUUUGCCGUCGAGGUUGAGUUCUGCCUUUCACAAUCUAAAGCUCUCGCAACUCGAGAAAGUCUUCAUUACGUUUCCUUCCGCGUUCUGGAUCUCAGAUACAACGACUGACUCAUUCCCUGCCUACACAAACUGGCUUACACCAUCGUAUGCGCAGAAUACCAAUCCACACGGCUGGCCCCAGGAGAUCUGGAACCUUGCCGCUUUCGCUGCGCCUAACAAACACCCUACUAUCCUCUUCUACCUAUACGGCGACUGCUCACGACACAUUGUCAACACAAUCUAUGGCCGACCGAGCGCUGAGAAGUUUGCCUUCCUGAGGGACUUCUUCCAGCCAUACUACUCACGGCUUCCCGGCUACGACAUUGCAAGCGAGGUCUGCGUUCCAAAAGCAAUCCUGGCUACCGAAUGGUUUAAGGACGACCUGUGCGGCAACGCGAGCUACUGCAACUUUCAGGUCGGCGUUGAAGAAGCGGAUCAAGAUAUCCUCGCGAUCCGGCAAGGAUGUGUUGACCGCGGACUGUGGUUCUGUGGCGAACACGCAGCCCCUUUCGAGGAAUCUGGUACUGUUGCUGGCGCGUAUCUCUCCGGGGAAUCUGUUGGCAAGAGGAUUGUGGAAUUGUAUAAAGGUGAACCAAAUACGGCAGAGUAAAUAUUAUAGACUCAAAGAGAGCACGAUCUUAGUAAGUUAGGAUAUCUAUAUAUAUAUAUACACGGACUAAACAGGGACAAUGGCAAAGUGCCCUAGAUCUUGUGACAUCUAA